CUCCGGUGGCGGCCGCUAACUGCAGCUAGCUGCGGCAGACCGGCCCUCAGAGCCGGGCAGCAGCAGCAGAACCUCCUGGACCCACAGCGGUUUACCGGAGCUGUGCGGGUUGCGGACCGGACAGGACCGGUGCGGGUCCGUCUGUCGCCGGUACACCAGCGGGAUGAGGACUGCGGGACUCAGCUGAGCGCAGAACCUCGUUAACAAAUCACCGGUUUGUGAACCUGAGCGGGUUUUUUCGGUAUUUUCACCGUUUCAGCUUCCGGGUCGGAACCUGGCGGGCUAACAGAGACCCCUGCGGAUAGUUCGGCUCCACGUAAAAUCCUCUACAGGAUCCAGACAUGAGGACCGGACGGGAUCCAGGACCGGCACCGGCUGCGCGGCCCGAAUAGCAGCAGAAGGAGCCCGUUUUUAAUCUCGACCCGGUUCGUUCGGAGUCUUUGCGGACCGGAGCUCCGGACCGGCAGCGCAGUGGAUCAUCCGGCCUCCGGCUCCGGUCCCGCCGCCACCAUGGGCACCCAGGGGCCGGGCAGGAAGAGGAUCCCGAACCGGGACAAGCUGACGGCCGAGGACGAUGCCCUGAACCAGAUCGCCCGGGAGGCCGAGGCGAGGCUGGCGGCGAAGCGAGCAGCGAGAGCCGAAGCUCGAGAGAUUCGGAUGAAGGAACUGGAGCGACAGCAGAAAGAGCUCUUCCACACUCAUAAGAAGUAUUAUGGUCUGGACAAUAAGUGGGGCCACAUUGAGCAGUGGAUGGAGGACAGUGAGCGGUAUUCUCGCCACUCACGGAGACACGCCUCGGUGUCGGACGACGAGGAGAGGAUGUCUGUGGGGAGUCGGGGCAGCCUGAGGCCUUCAGACUACAGUGGGUUUCUGGGCUCCAGCUCUCGGGCCUCCUCCAGGGCGAGUUCUGCUCGUGCGAGCCCAGUGGUGGAGGAGCGGCCCGACAGAGACUUCCUGGACAAGGGCUCGAGGACGGCGUCCACGCUGUCCGCCGCCACGCUCGCCUCGCUGGGCGGAGCCUCAUCGCGCCGAGGCAGCUGCGACACGUCGUUCUCCGUGGAAACCGAGGCCUCCAUCAGAGACAUGAAGGACUCGCUGGCCGAGGCGGAGGAGAAGUACCGCAAGGCGAUGGUGUCCAACGCUCAGCUGCACAACGACAAGUCCACCCUGAUGUUCCAGGUGGACACGCUGAGGGAGGAGCUCGGCGACAUGGAGGAGCUGCUGUGGGAGGCCCGCCGGCGCCACGACGACCGCACCAAGGAGCUUGAGCGCGAACGUCAGAAUCACAGCGUCCUGCAGUUCCAGUUCAAAGAGAUGAGGUCUCUACUGGUCUCUGCUGGUCAGGAGGUUUCAGAUCUGCGUCUGAAGAGCAGCAGCUACUGUCGGGAGGUGUCGGACCUCCAGGAGGCUCUGCAGUGGAAGGAGAAGAAGAUCUCGGCCUUAGAGCGGCAGACAGAAAUCUCCGACAUCGUUCGGAUCGAGCGCGACCGGCUCAGGAGCGACGUGGUCGGCCUGAGGGAGUUACUGAAGAAACACGGAGUCAUCGUCUCUCCGGACAUCUCCACCAAUGGGGACGCAGGACGGGGCGGGUCAGACGAUGACAUCAGCACAGACGCUGCCGCCCGAUUGGCUCAGGAGGCGCCUCAGGGAGGCAGAGAGAGCAUGCUCGAGCUGCGGCUGAAGAAGCUGUUUGAAGAACGAGAGAGUUUACAGGAUCAGGUGAGGCUGCUGAAGUCUCAGCUGGAUCAGAAGAACGGAGCCGACGGAGUCCAGAACCCAGAGGAGGCGGGCCUGGAGAACGGGAUGGACGCUCACCUGCUGGACCUGCAGCGAGACGCCAACCGACAAAUCAGUGACCUCAAGUUCAAACUGGUGAAGUCUGAACAGGAAGUGACCGCUCUGGAGCAAAACGUGAUCCGGCUGGAGGGUCAGGUGAGUCGCUACAAGUCGGCCUCAGAGAGCGCCGAGAAGGUCGAGGAUGAGCUGAAGGUGGAGAAGAGGAAGCUGCAGAGGGAGCUCCGCUCGGCUCUGGAUCGGAUCGACGAGCUCGAGCUCAGCAACAGUCACCUGAACAAGCGUCUGGAGAAGAUGAAGGCCAACAGGAACGCUCUGCUGGCUCAGCAGUGAAGCUCCACCUCCAAGGGAGCGCUCGCUUUUCACCUGCAGGAGCGGCGGGCGGGCGGAGAUGCGUCAGGAUCAUCUGCAUGAACCUUCAACCAGCCGGUCAGCAGCGGGGUCGGCUUGAAACGUCCAACUGAAGACGUCCAAUCAGCUCGUCUCAUGUUAGGAAACAUAGACGAGCUGGUCUGUGUUUAAAAAAAUGUAUUUUAUGAUAAUUCAAAGCUUAGAGAGACUUACGCUUAACGAACCUUACAUGUAGCUCGACUCUCGACUGCUGUUUGCUCCACAUCACAGCUUCAUGGUUCAUUAUCCAGGAAACUAUUUUUUUAAUGAUGAGAUUCUUUAUCCAGUUUAAAGUGACGCAUUCAUCAUCUGGUUUUAUCUCAAAUGAAGAUUCUCCCGCAAACAAUCAGCCGGCAGCUUCUGAAGCUGAACCGGGUUCACGCAGCAGGCUCAGUUCUGAUCACUGACAAAGAGCAUUAGAACUGGACCGACUGGUUUACGUGAUCCAGAAACGUCCCUGUUCAUGUCGUGAUCAAAGAUCCGACAUGUUGUGAUGUGGAGGAAACGGGCCGUCUCUGGUUUAGGUAACUAGUUAAACCAGUUAGCCGGGUGGUUAGCUGCAGCGGGCUGGUUUGAGCCCCGGUACACCUGGAUCUGUUCAGGUGACCAGAACCGUUCAACGGGCAAAAACAAACUGAAUGUCGCGAUCCAUCAACGCUCAAGUAAACAGCGAUAAGCUCCGCCCGCCUGGUGCUUCAGGUGAGCUGAAACAAACACUACAUCUGCCUCAUCAGCGUCCAUCUACGAGAAUCUAGCAAUACCUCCUGGACAACACGGGGGCGCUGCUCCCCCAAAGACUGGAUCAGACCGGGUCAAAGUGGACCAAAUGGAGCAGAACGGACCAAGCUGAACCAGACCAGACCUGACUGGUCCUAAUGAAAGUGGACCAGAGUGGACCAAACCAGAUCAAACUGGAUUAGACCCAAAACACAUGGAGCCAACCACAUCCAUAAUUCAGUUUAAUUCAGUUUAAACAGGAUCAAACAGGAUCAAACUGGACCCGACUGGUCUGGGUCCACCUGACAGCAGCUUUGUAUUUUCUGUACCUGUCUGUGGUUUUAGUUUCGUGUCCUCGGUAGAAACCCGUCGAGCACACCAGCUCGCCUUCGUCCUGUCUUUAGUCUGACUUCAGUUUUCCUGGUUCCGGCUCAGGAACAGUGGCUGUUCAUCAAACAAGCAGAACCAGGUGGGACCGAGCCCCGCCCACUCUGCUGUCAUGUACCUGUUCAUGUGACAGGAGGGGGCGUGGCCUUGUGGGCGGAGCCUGAACCAGGAUCAUGUCUUUGUGUUGUUUUUCGGACUCUUCAUGGCACUCGGGAUGUAACAGCACCAGCUUGUAAAUGUCUGUAAUCAAUCAGUUACUGCUGAUCAAUACGAGUUUUACCUGACGAGGUUCUGCACCAGACUGGUAACGGUCCUGAAUGUCCGAGACGCUGCAGCGGGUCGGUACCAAGCCUCCGCACUGUGCAACGUUCCACUUUAACCGCUUUUACUUUAUGGAUCAGGAUGUGGGUGUUAAUCAAUCAGUGAUCGGUGAGGAGUUAUUGAUCAGUGUGACGGGUCUUUGAAGCACUACAUUAAACUCAUGCAACACGUCA